UUACCAUGAUACUAAAUUCCAGUUUGUCAGGUGUCAUUUUCGUCACCUGUAUCGAAGGAUUGUUUGACACUUCAUCAUUUCAUAUUUGUUGUCACUACUUGUCAUUUUGGCCACAUCUUGUUAGAUCAAAUGUCUCACGAACCAUCCGAAUUUGGUCCAGGGUAUAAUUUCAUAUUUACUCAUCCUAAAAUCCAUGUACAUUUUUAACCAACGGUAUUUCUGUAUCAGGCUUCUGGGCGAUCUUGCUGAUGAGGAUAGUGUCAGGAAAUUGAUUGAAUGCCCGAUCUGCCUCGAAAUUCCUCUCCCACCAAUUUACUUAUGCACCAAAGGCCACAUUGUUUGCAGCUCAUGUCAAGCGAGGACUUACGUUUGUCCGCUAUGUCGGGAAAGGUACUGCAACACUCGAAGUUUUGUUGCGGAAGGUAUCGUGGACAAAUGCACCCUCCGUUGUCGGUAUACAGAAAGUGGAUGCGACGUCUCAAUGAAAGGAGCCGACCUCGGCGAUCAUUUGGCCGUCUGCGAGUUCCGACCGGUGAACUGCCGUGAGUGUGCGGAUAAAAUGGUCAACUAUUCAGAGUACGAGACUCACUUAUUCAAAGAUCACAAUCUAAGCGGGACAGUUGGAAAUGAAGCUUACGUUGCCUACCGAAUAAAUCUCAACUUUAUGCAACGUACUCUCGGUCUCGUUGUUGAUACCUGCUUCUGGCCUCAGUACUACAUCAAGGCCUUCGACCAAGUAUUUCUCCUUCGCCUUAAUGCUCACCAAUUCUCCAUCAAUCCAUGGGUAUGCUUAUUUGGGGCACCGAAUGAAUGCAGCAAUUAUUCAGCCUUGAUUGAAUACGAACCCAACAAUGACGGGAUAGUUGUUCAUUCAUGGAAAGGUCCAGUGAACCACUUCAGAGACGAACCCAUAGACGUCAUUGCUCAAGGAAAGGCCCUCAGCAUACCGGUGGACACAAUCAUGGAGUCGGGGGCUAUUUCGACUGAACGUGCCGAGUGGAUUUACCAUGUCGUCUUGUACGAAAAUGAGAAGAAUCCAUGUACCCCGUUACCUGGUGAAAUUAAGGAGUUGCCUUCGUUGGAACAACUUUUCACCGCAAGUCCAGUAAUGCCUUUAGAGGGGGACGGAGAUUCUGUAAUGAGGAGUCAAUCCGAUGGAAUUCCCACCCCAGCUCCACGCUAUACAAUGCCAGCCUCAGGAGAUGCAAAUUCAGCAACACCAACUAGCCUGACACCAGAUUCAAUGCCGAAUAUGAGUAGCCCUUCAUUGUUGUCCAAUGCUAACAGUUCAAAUGUGUCCAUUGGCGUUCGACCCGUCCUUCGCAAACCAAAGGCCACAAAUCCACCCGUAAAUCGGAAAAAGAAUGAUCGUACAACGGACUCUGCAGGAAAUCAAGGCGAUAUUGAUGACAUCUCAGACUUUGAUUGGGAGUAGUUACUUACCCAAUUUGAAAUGCAGAAUAGUAUGGGAAAUAAUUUCACAUUCAAUGAUUUAGUUAUAAAUUCUACUGUGAGCAUACCAUAAAUAUUGAUAAACUGUGAAAAUACUUGAUGCCAUUGGUUGGUGCAUUGUAAAAUUUAUGGGUUUGAGCAACAAUAAAAAGUCC